GCAUUUUAACAAACACAUGGCGGCGCCCUGCGAUCAAAUUUGAGGAAGCAUGAAGGUCCCGGCGGCGUGCGCGAGAUCGCUCUGUUCCCGUUUUGGCCUGUACCAGUGCCCGGGAAAGUAUGGACCGGUGUACGGCAGAAAGGUCGAGUGCGUCCUGUACCGCCUCGGCGUGCGUCAUGCUCACGGGGCCGCCGGCAUCGGUCUCCACGAAACCGAAGUGAUGCUCUCAAAUGACCAAGUCCUCAAGCUGGCAUCGGGUCGGCUGGCCAAGUUUGCCGAUGGCUCCGCGGUGGCGCAGAUCGGCGACACUUCGGUCAUGGUCACAGUCGUCAGCAAGACCAAGCCGACGAGUGCCACUUUCCUGCCCCUGGUGGUGGACUAUCGACAGAAGGCUGCAGCAGCGGGCAGAAUACCCACCAAUUUUCUGCGUCGAGAGCUGGGACCUACGGAGAAAGAAAUACUCACGAGCCGUGUCAUAGAUCGGUCCCUGAGGCCCCUCUUUCCGGCCGGCUAUUUCUACGAAACACAGCUGAUGUGCAACUUGUUGGCUGUGGACGGCAUCAACGAUCCCGACAUCGUCAGCCUCAACGCAGCUUCGGCAGCACUGUCGGUGUCCGACGUGCCUUGGGAGGGACCCGUGGGAGCUGUGCGCGUGGGCCUCAUCGACGGCGACGUGGUGAUCAACCCGACCCGGCGCCAGAUGGCGCAGAGCAGCCUCAACCUGAUCGUCACCGGAGCCGAACACAGUCAGGUUGUGAUGCUGGAAGCGUCGGGGGACAACGUGCUACUUCAGGACUUCCAGAAGGCGGUGCGUCUUGGCGUCAAGGAGACGCAGGCCAUUGUGCGACAGAUCAAGGAGUUCCAGAAGCUAUGUGGGAGGCCCAAACGCAACGUCGAGAAAUACUUCGUGCCCACUCCCGAGAUGGUUGACUCCGCCCGCCUGCUCGCAGAGACGAGAGUUCGAGACAUACUUUCGGACGUAGGACACGACAAGAUUUCCAGGGACAAUGCGCUGACCGAAUUGAAGCAAGACAUUCUCGAGAAACUACAAGAGAGCUUCCCCGGCGUCGAAUCCUUCCUGCUCAAUGAAGCCUUCACGGAAGUUUUGAAGGCAGUCUUUAGGGAACAAGUCUUGCAAAACGAGAAAAGGUUUGAUGGGAGAGGGCUUACAGACCUGCGGAACAUCUCCUGUCAGGUGGACCUUUUCCAGCCGCUUCACGGAUCGGCGCUUUUCCAGCGUGGUCAGACGCAGGUCCUCUGCACUGUGGCCUUUGACUCCCUGGAUUCAGUAUUGCGGUCAGAUCCUGUUUCUGUGAUAACCGGGGGCAUCAAAGAGCGAAAUUUCAUGCUGCAUUACGAGUUUCCGCCGUACGCCACCAAUGAGACGGGCCGGUCGGGGCCGACGGGACGACGGGAACUCGGCCACGGGGCGCUGGCAGAGCAUGGCCUACGUCCGCUGGUCCCCAGGGACUUCCCCUUCACCAUUCGCCUCACCUCGGAAGUGCUCGAGUCCAACGGGUCGUCGUCGAUGGCGAGCGUCUGCGGAGGCAGCAUGGCGCUCAUGGACGCGGGGGUUCCCAUCCAGGCACCGGCCGCGGGCGUUGCCGUCGGUCUGGUGUCGUUGCCGGACCCCGACCAGCCGCACCAGCUCAAGGACUACCGGCUGCUCACCGACCUCCUGGGUAUCGAAGACUAUCUCGGGGACAUGGAUUUCAAGAUGGCCGGGACGAAAAAGGGAAUAACUGCAUUGCAGGCUGACAUCAAGUUGCCCGGUAUUCCCGUGAAGGUGGUCAUGGAAGCCAUACAGCAAGCCACAGAGGGCAAGUCGGAGAUCUUAAGAAUCAUGAACGAAGUGAUCAGCAAGCCGAGGGCUCAGAAAAAAGACAACUGGCCCGUGUCAGAAAAGCUGGAGGUUCCACCGCAUCAGCGUGCAAGGUUUGUCGGACUCGGGGGCUACAACAUCAGAAAGCUCACAGCUGAAACGGGAGUCCAGCUGACGGCCAUUGACGAGUCCUGCUAUGAGAUGUUUGCCCCAAACCAAGACGCCAUGGCCGAGGCCAAGGAGAUGGUUGAGCAGUUCCUCAAGGAAGAGCGAGAACCCAACUUGGAGUUUGGUGCCGUUUACACAGCCAAGAUUGUAGAGAUCAGGGAAUCGGGGGUUAUGGUGAAGCUCUAUCCGACAAUGGUUCCGACACUCCUUCACAACUCCCAGCUAGACCAAAGAAAGGUGAACCAUCCGAGCGCAUUGGGCUUCGAAGAGGGGCAGGACAUCACUGUGAAGUACUUUGGGCGGGACCCCGUGAGCGGGAAGAUGCGCCUGUCCCGCAAGGUCCUGCAGAGCGCUCCGACCAGUGUGGUCCGGAACCUGGAAGAGCACCACAAGGCAUCCAGUUCGUGAUCGAACGCGCGCAAAAAACACUCCAUUCGUAGAUGUACAUACGCCAUUGCAAGCAUCCAUGUAUAGAAAUAAAAAUUCUUUAUAUACAUUGCUACCUACACUUCUGCAUAAGCU